GUGAUCCUAACGUAAUUUACGCGUUAUAUAUAUACCGGAAAGCGGGAUAGAAAAGUGUGGGCAUUUCCACUAGUUGGGAUUCAGUACAAAAGGCGCUACAAAGGGCGCAAGCCCAAGUUAAUAGAGCUUCGAAUUGACCAUGUCGAGCAAACUAGGUGGUAAAGAUGGGAAGACGCCGCCGUCUGCGGCGACUAACCUGAUCGCUGGUGGAGGUGCAGGCAUGAUGGAGGCUCUCGUGUGUCAUCCUCUUGAUACGAUAAAAGUGCGCAUGCAACUCUCACGGCGUGCGCGUCAACCAGGGGCGCCAUCACGCGGAUUCAUCAAGACGGGCGCCGAAAUCGUGCGACGUGAGACACCCUUAGGAUUGUAUAAGGGAUUGGGCGCAGUGUUGACAGGUAUCGUGCCUAAAAUGGCGAUCCGAUUUACAUCGUUCGAAGCGUACAAGCAGCUUCUCGCAGACAAGAAGACCGGUGUCGUUUCGGGAUCCAGUACAUUCCUAGCUGGACUUGCGGCCGGUGUGACUGAGGCGGUGGCUGUCGUCACGCCCAUGGAGGUUAUCAAGAUUCGUCUGCAGGCACAGCACCAUAGUAUGGCAGAUCCUCUUGAUGUUCCCAAGUACCGCAACGCUGCCCACGCUCUGUACACAGUUGUCAAAGAAGAAGGGUUUGGUGCCUUAUACCGUGGUGUGAGUCUCACGGCCCUACGUCAAGGCUCCAACCAAGCUGUCAACUUCACCGCAUACACCUACUUCAAGGAGGCGCUUUUGCGUAGACAGCCCGACAACGCAGCCUUACCUACCUGGCAGACAACACUCAUUGGCCUCGUCAGUGGCGCCAUGGGCCCCUUAAGUAAUGCACCCAUCGACACCAUCAAGACACGAUUGCAGAAAACGCCUGCGGAGCCAGGUGUCAGUGCGUUCAAGAGGAUCACUGCUAUUGCCGCAGAUAUGUUCAAACAAGAGGGUUUCCAUGCUUUCUACAAAGGUAUCACGCCCCGGAUCAUGCGUGUCGCACCUGGCCAGGCUGUUACGUUCACAGUGUACGAAUUUCUGAAAGAUAAACUGGAGAACAGCCGACCGUUGCCAUUGACAGGGAGCAACUACCAACGUUGAUAGUUUGGAGUUGGGCAGGGCGAUGUGUGAGACUGGUUGUAUAUGUUUGUAUAAAUCGUGUCCAUAAACGGCAUUCGCAUUGUGGGAGGCGACAUUUUUCAUCGGGACUCAUGUAAGU